CCUCCCAGGGGCAGUCAACUCGAGAGGGUGGGAAUAGGAUGGGAUGUGCUGCUGCUCCAAACUUUUCUAAAGCUCAAAAACGUCAGCACAGGUUGGGACAGUACUACCACAUCUGAUCCUACCCACUGACCUAAAUGUCUGAGUUAGGCUCCUUUGACAAUCCGGUUAAAUUCAAAGAUCAAGACUAUGACGUCCUGCUGCAGAAGUGCAUCAAAUCUGCAGUUCUGUUCUCAGACACGGUGUUCGCGGCGAACCAAAGCUCCCUCGGUAUUCCUGUGGAUCCUGACCCUAAAAAGGCAGUGAAGUGGCUGCGCCCAAAGGAAAUCACAAGUAAUGCUGUCUUUGUUGAGGGCACCAUGGGCACCACCGAUAUCUGCCAGGGCCAGCUGGGUAACUGCUGGCUGCUGGCGGCACUGUCCUGUCUCACCAUGCACCCGACUCUGUUUGUGAAAGUGGUUCCAUCUGGACAAAGCCUGAGUGAAUCCUACGCUGGCAUCUUUCGUUUUAGGUUCUGGCAGUAUGGUGAGUGGGUGGAGGUGGUAGUGGAUGACAGGCUGCCUGUGAGAGAGGGCCGUCUGCUUUUCAGCUACUCUCGCACCACCAACGAGUUCUGGAGCGCAUUGGUGGAGAAAGCUUAUGCCAAGCUGAUUGGUUCUUAUGGCAGUCUGAAGGGGGGAAUUAUCUCAGAGGGAAUGGAGGAUUUUACGGGGGGCAUUGCCUACUCCCUCCACGUGUCUUCUCGGCCCCCACGCAUGCUCUGGAGAGCCAUCACAGCUGCCCUGGCCAGGAGCAGUCUGCUCAGCUGCUUCAUACAGGCUGCGAGUGUGAAGGAGAUUGGCAGUGUGACUUCAGAGGGUCUUAUCAAAGGUCAUGCCUAUGCCAUCACUGAUACAGAUAAGGUCCAGAAGGCGUCUGAAGAGGUCCUGCUGCUGAGGCUGCGGAACCCAUGGGGGUUUGUUGAGUACUGUGGACCCUGGAGUGACAAGUGUCAGGACUGGGAUUUUAUAGAUGAUGCUCAGAAGGCCAGACUUGAGUUGGCCAAAGUUGAAGAUGGAGAAUUCUGGAUGGGAAUAGAGGACUUUUGCCGGCUGUUUAAUACAGUGGAAAUGUGCAGUGUGAAUCCGGACUCUAUGUCGGGGGAGGCGAGUGAUGACACGGACACCCCGUCCUGGACACUGAGCUCACAUCAAGGCACCUGGGUCCCCAUGUGCUCUGCUGGGGGCAGCCGUCGUUACCCAAGAUCUUUCUGGAAAAAUCCUCAGUUCCAGAUGAUUCUGUCUGAGAAAGAUGUGGAUGAGCAUGAUUAUGGAGAGGAUGAGGAAGGGGAGGAAGGAGACGGAGAAGACGAUGAAGAAGGUGUUGUGGUGGCUCCUGUGAGCAAGACUGAGAAACAGGGAGAGAAGAAGAAGAAGUGCACGGUCCUGGUGGAGCUUCUCCAGAAAUACCGCAGACAAAAAGAUAAAGUCCACUUUCUCUACAUCGCAUUUCACAUCUACAAGGUUCCCCUUGAGCUGCAGGACAAACCAGGAUCUCUGGACCAGCACUUCUUUUCCAACAACCGUUCAGUUGCUCGCUCUGGAAAGUACCGUAGCAUCAGGAGCGUGUGGCGGAAGGUGCACCUGGAGCCUAGCAGUUAUGUCAUCGUAGCCUCCACCUACAGGCCCAACCAGCAGGGGGAGUUCUUCCUCCGUGUUUACACCAAAACCGGCAACAUACAGGGGUUCCAGGAUUUCCCCUGCACCAACAACUACUCUGUGGUGGUAAUGUCAAAGCCGGUCUUACCUGAGGAUCUGUUCAGAGUGCAGAAGUGGUUUGAUGAAAAGGCCGGAUCAGAUGACAGAGUGAAUGCUGUGCAGUUUAUGAAUCUGGUGAACUCAGUGUUGGAAAAAGAAUAUGAACUUCCUCUGGAGACCUGCAGACAGCUCAUCUUUGGGGAAGAUACUGGGGGCAGAGGCCGUCUGAACAGAGCUCAAGCAGAGAAGCUGCUCACCUCCCUGCGCAAUCUGCAGUCUGUCUUUUUCCAGUUUGAUGAGGAUUCAUCAGGAACCAUGAGUCCGUUCGAACUCAGUUUGGCUCUGAAUGCUGCAGGUGUGGAGUGUGACAAUGUUGUGCUACAGCUGUUGUGGGAGAGGUUUGGCGCUGGUGAACAAUACCUGCCUUUCUGUGGCUUUGUGUCUUGUGUUGCCAGACUGCAGGUGCUCUUUGAUCUUUUUGAGUCGGAGACCAACCCCGAGUUGAAGGACAAGGGCAUCAAUGCUUGGCUCCUGAAGCUGUUGGCUGUGUGAGCCUGUCCAGACCCGACACCUCAGCGGGACAGACCUGCUAGGCCAAGACCACUCUGACGUCAUCCACCUGAGCCUACGUCUCCUACAUCUCCCCCUCUUCUAUCUCAUUUGUGAUCUGCGGACCUUUGUCCUGCAGUUACAUCCACCCACUCACCGCUCCAUCAGUUGGGGUCUAUGACCGUGUAGGUCAUUACUGCCUGGAUACAAAACAGCAUUUCGCAUUUCAUCCCCCUCGGCCCACCCUAACAUAAUGUGUAUGUGUAUUUGCAUUCAUAAUAAGCAAAACAUGUGAGAUAUUUUAACAGGAAUAUUUUACUCGUAAAUGACCAUUCUGUUAUCUUUUACUCACUCCCACGUCAUUCCGAACCCACAUGACUUUAUUUCUUCUGUGGAGCGCAAAAGAAGAUACUUAGCAGGAUGCCCAAGCUGCUGUUUUAAUGAAAGUCAAUGGAGACCAGGGACAGUCGUGAUCACCGUUCACUUUUAUUGUAAGGAAAAGAGAAGCUCGGACAUUCUUCUUAAUAUCUUCUUUAAAGUGAUUUGGAUUUGAAAUCAAGGUAAAUGAUGAAAAGAAUGUGUUUAAAUCUAUAUUUUAAACCAAUUACCCACAUUUACCCAUGUCAAUUUAAUGUUAAGUUAGUGUGAUUUAGUGCCAGCAAAUUUGAUAUGUGAUUACUCAAAAUAUCAUGCAAUUAAUUGGAUUCAAAUUUUGAGUCAUUGAUUGCUUUAAUUAUUGGUGAGGCAUUAUACAGUCAUAGAUUUUGAACAGUCAUAUCUGCUUUCAUAUGCUUUUAGAAGACGAGCAGGACUGUUGACUGUUGAUGCAUUUAAACCAGAGGAUCGUUAUUAUGCUUGUAACAAGGAGCCUAAUUGCAUUUUUUUCUUUUUUCAUACAGCAUGAGUUGUACUUCCUCUUCUACCGUUUUCCCUCUUAGGAACAUUUAUGCAUCUCUGCUCCGUCUUUAAAAGUUGAGAAUGUUUUUUACCUCCAAAUAUAAAAGUACAAGUCAUAAUCUUUCAUCACGGGGCAUUUCUAUAUUAAUUUUUAUCUGUGCGUAUACCUACACCUCCACACACAUACACACACACUCACACACACACACUCACACACACACAUUGUUCAGGGAGCAAGAUAGUAGCUGUGGGUAUUAAAAGCGAUGUCUCAGCAGCCCUGCACGCACCGGCUCUAUUCUUAUCGCUCUGACGCCACGCACAGCGUCAUCACGCCAUCGCUCCCUCCUCCGCUACGCUCUCCCUGCAUCCCUCCCUCCAGCUCUCUCUAGUAACUGUCUCAUUCUCACAAUCUGCUUCCUCCUCGUUGCGUACCUUGCGCUCGCUCACUCACACAUGCGUGUAUGCUUGCUCACACACACACACGCGCUCUUGUCCUCUCUCCCGCUGCUCCUAUUAAUAGAAACCUUUGCUCACACAAUGCUUCCUCUCUGCUGUAAGGUGACCGAACAGAGGUUGCCCCCAGCAACAGUCCAAGCGCCUCUGGAAAUGACAAGAAAAAGCAUGCACGCACGUCCGUCAUUACUCUCUCAAUCACUUCCUCUUCCAUAAUUUUCCCAGGUACAUCUUGUACUUUUUAUUCCAUGAUCCCUAAGUGUAUUCGCUUCUCUAAAAGCUACUCUUGACUCGGUUAUCUCUGUCCGCCUGUCUUGCUUUCUUUCUGUGAAGUGAGCCAGAAUAAUUGUCCAAAAAUACUAGGAUCCAUUAGCAUUUCUAUUCAUCAAUCUGGCAGAAGAUUCCCAGAACUAUGCAAUUUGAAAUCUGCCGUCUCAAAUCUAAAAAACAAUUUGAAAUCUGCCAUCCUUGCUCAUGGGCGCUCAGUUCAGUUACUUGUUUUGGACCAAUUACUUGAACCCCAAAUGUCUUGUGGCUAAACACUCUUGACUUGAUUAGCUGAGGGCAACACAAGAAAGCUCACAGUCCCAAAUCCUUUGGAGUAGGCAUGAAAAUCAGCAGAGAACAAUAUGUCCAUUUUAUGCUUCUAAAAGCUUUCCAGGAAAAAAAAAACAGGCACAGGUAAAAAUUUUUGUUUUACCAUUUGCUCCAAUAGCAAAAUUUCUACACUACAGAGAUCGGUUACGUUGGUCAGAAGAGAGAAAGAAGUCAAAUUUGCCAUCUCUUCUUCAGCCGUUGUAUUAAAAAGCAGCAUUAACCAUUUUUUUUCUGUAAUUUGCCAAUCAUUUAUAGCGUAAUAAAUGUACAUUAAUAAAAAAAAAUGAAAAUAUAAAAAUUGCUAGAUUUACAAUGCUUAUAACUCAUCACAGUUUGCAAAAAGGGUUCAUUAUUAAGUGGCAUCUUCUAACAAACAUUCUUGCAUUUAAAUAAUAUAUAUGUUUUGUCCACCAAUAUAAAACUUAAAAUUUACAAUUACACUCGGGACACUAGGAAUCAAAUAAAACCCAUGAAAGUUCAGUUUUCUUUGAAGUAAAAAUACUGAAUAGCCACAAAAUACGUACUUUGCCACCAAAUACAUACCAUUCUAAAGCACUCAUAAUGUUUUAUCAGUGAUUUGGCUUAAAAUAGAAGUAUUGAAUUACCCCCCCCCCCCCCCCACCAAAAAAAAACAAAAAAAAAAACAGAGGGUUAGUGUUUACCUGUGGAUAGAAUGAAAGUGUCUGCCAAAAACACAGCAGACCAAGGUUAUUCACACAGACCCAGUAGCUUCCUAACACAUUUUGCACUUGGCUUAUAAAUAGGCAAGAACUAUUCCUUUGCUUGUUUUUGGUGUUGUUAUUCAGUUGGGAAUUCAUUUGUUGUGAUAUAAUAACAUAAUAAUAACAAUAUUACGUAGAAUAAUUAUUAAGCAUAAAAAUGAGCUUCUCCCUUUUCGAUGAGGUGUGAAAUCUGUCUCUGACUGGCGUUUUUAAAACCUUUUUCUGCUGCCAUUUUUCAAUCAAAUGUUCACUCCAAUCAGAUAACGCAUAUUUGUUUGGAAAGAAAUAGGUAUCAAUUAAAAAGUUUGCCCAACUGAAUGAGUACAAGCCAAGAUGACAGAAAUAUCAAAAAUGUGUGCAGUUUCCUUUCUGAGAAACAUGGACUAAAAUAACUGAGAAAGAAUUGGGUUUCUGGCAGAUAGAACAUUUACUUUGAAUAUAAUUACUAAGGAGGAAAUAGGCACAGCAGCUUGCCGAACAUGUGUUUGUGUGACAUAGACUGAUUCAGAAUUGCAGGGUUGAAUGAAUAAAUUCCUCCAACCUUUUCUCCACCUCCCUC